GCAUACUGGUUCGCUUGUUUUUUUAAUCUUCUCUCUCUAGUUAGUCCGUCCCUAGGGUUUUUCAAUUCUGAAUCUGAUUCAUUUCAGCUAGCUCUUUUUCUUGAAUCUCCCUCCUUUUGCCUCCCCAACGUUGCUGCAUCUUCUUUCAGGUUUGGGUGUUGCAUUUUGGUGUGAAAAAAGGAAGUCGAUUGAUAUGGGCUUUAGAAUCCAUUUAUCGAAGAAAUUCUGGAGGAUGUGUGCUACGAAUUCAGAUCUAUCAAAUUCUUGAGAAAUGAAUUAGUACAAACUUGCAAGGGCACAUCCUACCUUUUCUCUGAGUACUACGUUCAAUUGAAUUAGUUGGGUGCAAGGAACCUAGCAAUGGAUUCAUUUCCAGGUACUUGUGAGAUUGUGGAAGCAGGGGAAGAGCUGAAUUCUAUUCAGCAUUCUGGAAGAACUUCCCAGCCAAAUUCUAGAUCAACUGUGGUUCACAAUGAUCGAAAGCUUACUGUGAUAAAAUUCGCUUACAAGGAAUCUAUAGAAUAUGAUAUUAAUAAGCUUUUUGAGGCUAUCAGUCUAAGAACUUCAACCAAGGGUUCAGGAUUUUCACCUGAUGUUGGCACAAGUGCGAGCCCAUUAAGGAAAAAUGCCUUGAAAAAGCCAAUUAGCUUACCCCAAUCACCGCGAAUUGGAACUUCAGAGCCAGUCUCCCUAAAGCAGGCAUUAAGGGAACUUUGCAUCACUAAGGCGUCCGAAAUAGCUGCUACAAAACGACUGUCAAAAUCAACUAGUUCUCCAGGGGUAUCAGAAGCUGUUAGGAUAAAGAGUUUGUACAAUGCAAAGGUAGUGGAAGCUGCCAGUGGAUCUGGCCAUUAUCUAGAUGAAGGUAAGGGGAGUAUGCUUGAAAUAUCUCUGGUGCCAGAAGAUAGCCCAUCAACUUCUUCCCAGAUUAUACCCCAGGCAACUCAAUUGCCGAAGAUAAAAACUUCAAACCAAUGUGCUCAUCCUAGGUUAACUAUUCCAACCAUGCAAAAUGCUGCUGGUAGCACCAGAAGUGCUCAUUCUUCUCCUUGUGUGGCUGUUUCAACUGGACAAAUUGCUACCAUGGCCAAACAAAGUGCUCAUUCUUCAACUCGGCCUGCUGUUUUGACAGUGCAGGAUGCUACAGGGACCGACCAUGGUGCCCAGUCUUCACCUAGGUCUGCUAUUCGUAUGACCAACAGUGGUAUUGGGACCAACCAAAGUGCACAUUCGCCUCGACUUGCUAUUCCAACUAAAAAUUCUCCCAAGACCACAUUGAUGCAAGAUGAAAUUAUUUUUGCAUCAAAAAAAUUUGGAACUCAAGCCACAAAAACAGAAAUAGCACAGAAAGAGAGAUAUACACCUGAAGCUUCUCCAUCUUCUAGUACUCUUGACAUCCCUGAGUCAGUGAAAAAGGUUACUGGCCCAACCAAAUCAGCAAACAGGGGAUCUGCCGUAAAGUCGGGGAGGAAAGGUAGGCUUCGUGUUGUACCUUCUUCAGGUUCAGUUAAUGGCAGUAGAGUAAGCAAGCUAACAAGAAGUACCACACGAACAGCUAAACCAAUCCUCAGGAAUAAGAGUUAUAUUAAAAAGAAAACAAAACAGGAUUCAACUUCAGUUGCUAGCAGUUCUAAUACAUACAAUGAAGUUAAAAGGGACUUGGACCCUAGUAUGACUCAACUGGUUUGCCAGAGAUGCCAAUGUGCUCUGAAGAAUGCAAGUGAUCAAGCCAAUCAAGAUUCCUCUGUGUCCUAUGGGGCUGGUAAUACUGCUGAAGUCAGGUCUACUAAUGAAGAUACAUUUACAUGUGAAGUGGACUUUACUGUGGAUAACUGUAAAGGGAGCAAUGCCGUUGUUGUGAAAGCAACAAAGAUCACAAAAUCAAGAGAAAAGGGAGAAUGUUCCCAGAGUUCUAAAAGUAGCCUUGGUGAAUAUAGUAGUAGUACAAGCAACAGCGAUGACAGCAAUUUAAGCAGUUCUAGUUGUGGUAGCCGGCCUCACAUGUCAAAAGAUGUAAGGUGGGAAGCUAUCCGGCAUGUUAGGGUGCAGAAUGGAGCCUUAGGGUUGAGACAUUUUAGUCUCUUACAGAAGCUGGGUUGUGGAGACAUAGGGACUGUUUAUCUGGCUGAGCUAAUUGGAACAAAUUGCCUAUUUGCUUUAAAGGUUAUGGACAAUGACUUUUUGGCAAGAAGAAAGAAGAUGCCCAGGGUCCAAACUGAAAGAGAAAUAUUGAGAAUGCUAGAUCAUCCUUUUCUCCCUACACUAUAUGCCCAGUUUACAUCGGAUAGUUUAUCAUGUCUUGUGAUGGAAUAUUGCCCUGGCGGAGACCUGCAUGUCCUUCGGCAAAAGCAGCUUGGCAGAAAUUUCCCUGAACCAGCAGCAAGGUUCUAUGUUGCAGAAGUCCUCCUUGCUUUGGAGUACUUGCACAUGCUUGGAGUUAUUUACCGGGAUUUGAAACCGGAGAACAUUCUGGUUAGAGAAGAUGGCCAUAUUAUGCUGACAGAUUUUGAUCUGUCACUUAGAUGUUCUGUUAAUCCAACUCUUCUGAAAUCCUCGUCAUCCAAUAAGGAUCCUGCAAGAGUGUCUGGUCCAUGUUCUGAAUCUAACUGUAUUCAGCCUUUCUGCAUAGAACCCACCUGUCAAGUUCCAUGUUUCAGUCCUAGAUUUUUACCUGCUACUGCAAAAACAAGGAAGUCAAAGAAUGACCCAGCAGCCCAGAUGCGAUCACUGCUGCAACUUGUGGCUGAGCCAACUGAUGCACGAUCAAAUUCAUUUGUUGGGACCCAUGAAUACUUGGCUCCUGAGAUCAUUAAAGGAGAGGGUCAUGGAGCUGCAGUUGAUUGGUGGACAUAUGGUAUCUUACUCUAUGAACUUCUAUAUGGAAAAACACCCUUUAAAGGCUCUGGAAACGAAGAAACAAUAGCCAAUGUGGUGUUAGAAAGCCUCAAGUUCCCUGAUAGUCCUCUCGUUAGUUUUCAGGCAAGAGAUCUCAUUAGAGGGCUAUUGGUAAAGGAGCCGGAGAACCGUUUGGGAUCACAGAAAGGGGCAGCUGAGAUAAAGCAGCACCCCUUCUUCGAGGGGUUGAAUUGGGCACUUAUACGUUGCGCGAUUCCUCCAGAACUGCCUGAGUUUUAUGAUUUUGGGGUUCCCCGUUUGGUGUCCGAAAAGACCAAGUAUUUGGAGUGUAAUGCCACAAGAGGGCACCCUGAGUUCGAGUUAUUUUAGAUCAAGUUCCCUGUUGUUAUAACUGUAUGUUGCUUGUACAAUAUUGUAUUUAAGGUCUCACUAGAUUUUGCAAUUCCGGACCUCAAAAUCCUUCUUUUACCAAAUACGCACUUGAAAAUAUUUUGCUCCUAUUAUCAUUUCCCUUAUAGUAUCUAGGGCUAGAUGCGAGUAGAACCUAAACAUCGGUGAGCUCAAGUUUGGCUCCAUAGAAAAUAUGUCAACUCUAACUUGGCUCAAGUUCCUUGAGGUGGAACUUGGGAUAACUUGAGUUUCGAUUCGAUGUGUAAGUUCGGAGUUUGAAACUUAACUCUAUUUGUAAC